AUGGGGAGGGCACCUUGCUGCCAGAAGGUUGGGCUGAAGCGAGGAAGGUGGACGGCGGAGGAGGACCAUAUACUCGCAAAAUAUAUUGCUCGGCACGGCGAGGGCUUAUGGAGGUCUCUGCCCAAGAAUGCGGGGCUACUCAGGUGUGGCAAGAGCUGCAGGCUGCGGUGGCUCAACUACCUGACAGACAAGGUGAGAAGGGGCAAAUUCUCUAGGGAGGAGGACGAUCUCAUCGUCAAGCUGCAUGCCACCCUUGGCAACAGAUGGUCCCUGAUCGCCAACCACAUGCCAGGGCGGACUGACAACGAGAUCAAGAAUUACUGGAACGCGCAUCUCAGUCGGCAGAUCCACAGCUUCCGGCACACGUACACCGCUGGCAACGAAACCACCAUAACCAUCGACAUCAACAGGCUUUCCGCCGCUUCCAAGCGGCGAGGCGGCCGGGCGCCCAGGAGCAGCACGAAGAAGCAGCCGGUGCCUGAGCCCACGAAGUCAAAGGAAGGCUGUAGCCCGGUCCGUGCCAUAUCAUCAUCAACAUCAAGGCUACCUCAGGGCGACUCGGACCAGAACCAGCCCAUUAACAACAUCACUGAUGAUAUGCCCUGCAGCGAGGAGGCCACGGGCAUGGACCCCGUAGAUCUGAAUGGUGAUGUCCUGGAGACCAACUACGCCAACAACUCAAUGGAUCAGAUUGGGAUUUUGGAGGAGGGAAGGGAGAUUGAGGCCCUGCUAUCAAGCAUUGGCGACAUGCCAGCUAGUGUGCUGACUGGCAUCGACUACGGAGGCCACUCUCCUCGGGUGGAGGAUCUCCUGGACAUGGACUGGGAGGGUUUUGCGUCCCACCUAUUCGACCAGCAAGCCCAGAAUGAUCUGCUCCAGACCGCUGAGCCGCAGAUUACAACGGGCUCCGAGUCAGACAAGCUUGAGUCGUUCGUCAGUUGGCUCUUCUCUGACGCGUCCUAA